AUGGCACUUUUGCUAGUGUCCGUCGUCAACGGCGACCUGUCCGCGCGCGUGCCGACCUUGCGAAAAAAGCAUACUGGAGAGCGUCCGUUUACUUGCCACUGCUCUAAGCAGUUUUCCCGUCUCGACAACCUUCGCCAGCAUGCCCAGACCGUGCACGCAGACAAGCCAGAGCAAAACGAAAAGAUGAUGAAGGAACUCACCAGUCUCCACUCGUCCAUGUCUGCUGCUUCCGGCAACGCAAAGCGUCCCUCAAAGCGCGCUGCCAGAGUCGCUGAAAUGGCCUCACACCAGCAGCAGCAGCAGCAGCAGCAGCAACAAGCCUUUGCUCCUCAAGACGCUCCGCCCCCGCCUCGUCCUCCCUCGGGUUUUGAUCAAAACGCCAAUCCAUAUGGUGCCCACCCGGUCCCUUUUGCCGGGCAGCAUAUGCCAUACUUGCCUCAGGACGGCACGGCCCACUACGCCCACCAUCAACAGCCAUACGGGGACCCCCAUGCGCCCUAUCAAACCUCGUAUCCUCUCUCCGACUCGUUUUCUUAUCAGCAGCAGCAGCACCACCAUCAACAUCAACAGCCCCCGCAGCUUCAUGUCCAGCCCGGCUAUCCUGGAGCCCAUCCCAUGUACGACUAUAAUCAUCGCACAGGCUCAGACGGCGAAUCGCCUCCAGUCGCCCGCAACGCCUACGUCGGGAAUCGUCCCUCCCUCUGCCACCAGCCUCCAUGCACCCCAUCCGCAGAGUGCAUAUGGCCAGUAUGCGCAUCCUCAUCAUUCUCACCCUCACCCUCAUCAUCAUCACAUAAUGGGAUUCCUUAUCCAUCCCGCUCGCCCCUUCCGACGCCGCCUCCCCAGUCGUUUCGACAACCCCUCCGCGGAGUUCGCGACGGUGCCGCAGGAGGGGAUUACUACCAACCGCCCACCCUUCCCCAGCAACACUCCUAUCAACACUAUGUCCAACAGCGUCAAUCCAUUUCAACCCCACAUCUUCCCGGAUCCAGCCCAAGUCCACACCCCGGCGCCGGCAGUGGCAACCACAACAGCAGCAGCGUCGCCCUUCCCGACAAUGUCCAAGUCAAGCGCGAGGAGUACGCCCACCUCCCGCCCCUCGUCAAGGCUGAACAGUAUGAGCCACCCAACAACUAUCGCUUCCACGAUGGCGGCAGUAACGGCAUCCCUUCAAGAGCAUCGUCUACUUCACUUUCAGAGCAACAGCAACAACAACAACAACAACAACAACAACAACGAGACACUGGACAGCAACAACAACUUUCACGCCUCAAUGGUGGAUCCCCUCCUCCCCUCGUUGGCCAUCAACAGCUCAGGGGGGGAAACGAUAGCGCCGCCGGAGUCUUUGCAGGGAGCUUCGGUGGCGAGCAACGGUUCCCCAGCGAAUUCUACAACCUUCAGCACCAGGAGCAGCAGCAGCACGGGCAGCACUUUCGAGGACGGCUUGGCCAUCUCCCGCAGCACGACGGCCAUGGGCUUGGCCAGACCACCACCAAAGAGCGCUCUCCACCAGAUCAGCACGUACCCGUCUCCCCCAUCGACCUCGACGAAGCAAAUGACCGACCAGGCACGGCGCCUGCGGCGUUCACACACAACGGACAAUCUCUCGCGCGCCCGGCGACAUCAGCAAGUUCCAGCUCUCCAGCUCCAGCACAGUCAUCACGCUUCGCUUCCCAUGCAAUGGCAACAACAGCAGACAAGUACUAUGCCGGCAUCAGUGGGUUCCGAGAGCCACUUUUCGACCAUGCAACCGCAACCGCAACCGCAACAGCAGGCCCCACCGCCGGUUCCACCGCUGCCUUCGACCACAAUCGAGGGUCGAACUCUCCGCCAUUCCGUUUCGGCGCACCCUCUCCUCAACAGGGGAGAGUCGAUUUGGAACACCAGCAGUACCAAUCCGCCUCCUCCUUUGCCCCUGUCCGCCGGUCCCCGACUGGAGGAACGCAUGGGACUCCGUCCGCCUCUUCCAGACCUGGGAACGUGCUACGCCCACUCCCUGGAUGGACAAACAGCGCCCCCAUCGUCAGUGGUAGUAGCAGCGUCCACGCCACCAGCGACUCUCCCUUUAGCUUCCACCCUCCCUCGCUCGGCCACUCCUUCUCGUCGACCAACUCUCGGAAGCGUCCAUAUCCCGACGGCGACGAAUAUGCUGAACAACCACGUCCCGUCUCCUCUCGACCAGCCACACGCUCCGGACUCGAUGAUGAACAACCACGGCCAACAUCUCGCCGGCUCUCCGUCAUGGAACUCUGCAACACACGCUCAGGCGGAGGUGGCAGUGGAUUACCGGAUGGAUUUGACAAUCGACCCAGGACAUCAUCGGGUCGAUUCCCCGCUCCGUCGGCUGGCAGCAACCCCACUGGGAAUGGUCCAUCGUCCUCAUUCAGCUUCCCCGCAUCCCCCUCCAACGCCAACUUCAGCCAUCACCAUCCCAAUGGUCUACGACCCUCGUCUUCCAGUGGCGCCCUCUCAACCACCGCUUUCCAACUCGCUCCCCCCGUCGGCAGUACCAGUGGUCCAGCCUCCAGUUCCUCCAUCUUUGCAUACUCGUUACCUGGGAAUGCCAGCACCGGCCCAUCCGGUGGCGGAAGUCGGCCAUCCUCUAGCGCAGGACGUGGCCUCGAGCAAUAUUCCCUCAAUCUCGGCGCAUCCUCUCGCCCUGGGACAGCCUCGGCUCAGUGGAAUUCCUCUCGAGGACCCGCUGGCGGAAAUGGGGAUGAUGAACCAGGACUCAAGGCAGGGUCUGGCAUCGUCUUACCGCCGCUCCACUUAUCCUCUCCUUCCCCAACAAGCGCAACCACCGCAACAACAAUCCAAUCCGCUGGAACCCUCGGCAGCGGACAUGAUGCACCCGGAGGGUUUGGGCGCGGGGGGGAUGGGCGCAGUCGGGAUGGGUUGGCAGGGAGUUUUGUUGCCCAUCAAAGCAGAGUCCCCACCAGUCCACACGGACUGAGAGCCUAA